AUGAAGAAGGCCGGCGCGACGAGCGAGCGUUUCCUCCUGAUGGCAGGUGCUCCGGCAAAGUCGCUUGCUGCGCUGCAGGCGCUGCGCUGCAAGGUGUUUGGCACCACAUAUAACCCUACUGGCGUACGUACGGGUGCAAAGUACCUGCGCCAGUCACUGGUCGGCGCUGCGAUGCUCAAGUACUACCCCCCACAGCUGAACCUCAAGUCGAUCCGCGAGGCGGUGCCUGCGAUGGGCCGCAUGACCUUCCCCGAAGAGAUCCAGCGUCUUGCGGACGUGGAGCGCAAGAAGAUGCUUGGCAAGGGUCCGCCUAAGAAGGGCGAGGGCCGUCGUGCGACGAUGAAAGGCAAGAAAAAGUAG